AUGCCACCCACCAUUUUAUUUACCCAUCAGAAGCCUAAAGCAACCACAAGAAUGAGUUCAAGGCAUCGUCCAUUACAUGCAUGUGGAGUCUCCAUCUUAGCAAUUGCUGACAAUAUCUUUGGAAAAACCCAAGAUAUCAAUGGACCAUUAGGUUCAACAUUUAGAAAAAUGGCAAAGAUAGCCAAAUUCGCCACUCCUCUAAUCUAUGCUUUGCAAUACCAAUUGCUAGCCAUUCUCUCAUUCAUUGACGAUCAGAUUCUAGCAAUUGAAAAAAUCACCGAGAAAUUGUUCCCCCCAUCAAGACACGUGUUCGACAAAGUCGAUGAAAUUGUACUAAUGAUUUUGUUCCUGCCAGAAAAAUUCAAUGGUUUAGUGAACAAAUUUCCAACAAUAAUCCACCAAGUUCCAUUUUUGGAAUGGGCACUUACCCUUGUUAUCUCAAGGUUGAAUAGUUUGGUUUCCACGUUGAACCAUUGGGGACAAGAAAAUUCAAGGGUGAAUGAGAAAACAAUAGGUGUUGACAGGAAUUCUAAUGAAUCAUCAUCUGAACGGUACCUUCCCAUAAAUUCCUCUAAUGAUGUUAACAGUGAGAAUUUGGAAAAUUUUCCUCCUAUAACAUCAGAGGUUGAACAUAAAGCGGCUCAUGAUGUGGCCGUGUCGAGUCACAUCAAAGGGUCAUACAAAGAAGCAUUAGAGAGAGGGAAAGAAGAGAACCCACGUGAGAAAAUGGAGAACGAGUGUGAGAGUGAGAAGGAAAUGGAUGAAGGUGAAUGUGAAGGAAGAGAGAAGAUUGAAGCUUAUGAUACUAUUAUGAAAUAUCAAGUUGGGGGGAGUGAAAAAAUCAAAGAUGAUCCUCUUUUGGAACUGUUUGAAUCUGCAUGGCUUAUGAAACCUGGUCGUUACUAG